AUGUCCGUUCAAGAAGAAGAGAAGAGAGCAGAGGAUACGUUCAAAAUUUUGCUAUGCACAGAUUGUCAUAUAGGCGUACACGAGCGUGACCCAAUUAGAGGUAAUGAUUCUAUCAACACUCUCAAGGAAAUACUUGAUUUGGCAGUUCAGUAUGACGUAGAUUUCGUUCUCUGUGCUGGAGACCUCUUCCAUGAGCAUAAACCUACUAGCCAGUCUGUCAUACAAACUAUGUCCUUGUUGCGCGAGUAUUGUCUCAACGAUCGUCCGGUGUCUAUACAACUUCUUAGCGAACCAUACGACGAACAGCGUCCAGAUAUCAGCUAUCCAGCGAUAAACUACGAAGACACAAAUCUCAACGUUGGUUUACCCUUCUUUCUUAUCCAUGGCAACCACGAUGAUCCGCAGACUGUCCCAAAUUGGCCAUCAGGUGCACCUUCACUCAGUGCAGUAGACCACCUAGCGACAGCAGGAUUAGUCAAUUAUUUUGGAAAAGUCCAAGUUCCUCCCCUAGACGACGUAAAUGCAGAUGCACUCGACAACGACACUGGUAUAAAUGUGAAACCGAUCUUGCUGCAAAAAGGCACUUCCAAAUUAGCUUUAUUUGGUAUUGGAAACAUACGCGAUCAGAGAUUUAACCAAGAAUUGAAAAAUGAAAGAGUGAACAUGUACGCGCCGUUAGAGGAUGCCGAUGACUAUUUCAAUAUCCUACUCAUACACCAGAAUCGUAUAAACAGAGGUGCAUUACAGGCCGUACCUGAGCAUCUCUUCGAUGAUUCGAUAAGUCUCGUGGUAUGGGGACAUGAGCAUGAUUGUCGAAUCGUACCUGAGAUCGUUUCUGAGAAGCCCUAUCGUAUCACCCAGCCAGGCUCUUCCGUCGCAACAAGUUUAUCAGAAGGUGAAACAGUACCAAAACACGUCGGAUUACUCGAAAUUAAUGACAAAGAUUAUAACCUUACACCACUUCCACUUAAAACUGUCAGACCAUUUGUCAUGAUGGAUGUCAAUCUCCGCGAAGUUGAAGAAACUCAAGGACUAAAAUUCGAGGAUAAGCUCCAAGUGAAUAAAUACUUGAGGCAACAAAUCGAAGAGCUAAUAACGCGUGCUAACGAAGAAUACGCUGAGAGGCAUCAAGGGGUCGAUGCGCCAUCUAUGCUCCCUCUUAUCAGGCUUAGAGUGGAUUAUACAGGCUUUGAGAUAGGAAACCCUCAAAGACUUGGUAUGGAGUUCAGCGAGAGGGUGGCGAAUCCGAAGGAUCUUGUACAUUUCACGAAGAAGAGACAAAUGAAAGCUAAGAGCCAAGUUGUCGCAGAUGCGCCUGAGUUUAGAGACGAUGAUGAAGAAAACGCCGUAGUUGAUAACACGGGUAAAUUGCGCGUUGAGAAGCUCGUUAAUACUUUCUUGCAAGCCCAGAAACUGCAAUUGCUACACGAAGACGGUUUACAAAGAUCUGUAGAGUCAUUUGUAGAGAAAAACGACACACAUGCUAUUGGAGAUUCGGUUGAAAAAAUGGUCGAACAUGCAGUCGAAUACAUGUCGAAGCAGACACUAAACGAUGUUGACGAGGAAGAUGAUAUAGAAAAGGCCAAAGAAUAUGCUGCUGAGAAGUACAACGUGGGCAAGAAGACCACCGAAACCACGGGAAGAUCUGGUAGGGGCGCCAGACACGGGGCUGAUUCUAUGGAAGAAGACAGCAGCGAUGAACCUGCCCCAACAGCGACGACAAGAGGCAGAGGAAGAGGAAGAGCGAGGGCAAGAGGACGCGCUGCAUCGACCAGCACGCGUGGUAGAGCUGCAAGUGCUCGCAGCACUCAUGAUGAUGAUGAAGAGUUGUUCCACUCUUCUGAUGAUUCUGUGCAAGAGACGGCACCUUCGCGUGCGAAAUCUGUCUCUGCGCGCAAUCAAGCUUUAUCUUCACAACCUAGCUCACGUGUGCCGCAACGCAGGAGACGAAACCAAGAGGUAUAUGACGUAUCCUCGGAAGAAGACGAUAGCAGAUACCGCCAAAAACGCAAGCAUUAA